AAUCGACAGUAAUCGGCUUGAGAUAACAACAAAAGUUGCGACAUAAAUUCCCCAUACCAUGGGAUACCGUAUCUACUUACGCUAUUAUUGUUUCUCUAUGGCAGUACCAUUACUUUAUCUGCGUCAUUUACAAUAUUCUGAGUAAAUUUGGCAGUGAAUUGCCUCCUGAUGUGGCAAUACAUGGGACAUACUAAUAAAAAAUGUUCUACGGUCUCAUCAGUUCGAAAGUUGCAGAUUGGACAGUGCUCUUUGCUAUUGAUAGGAUUGAAAACCUGAUGACCAAGAAUUUUAAUAAAUCGAUUGAUUGGAUGAACACUUUGGAGGAAACUAUGCAAGAAGUCUACAAGAGAGAAAACAAUGACUUCAUAAUGUAUAUUGAACAAAACUGCUGUACCACUAGUAUUGGCAAUUAUUGAAUUCAAAGAAAAGAUGAUGGCGGACGUUUCCCAGCUAGAAGCUGUAAAUAAUGAUGGUAUUGAUACAAUGCAAUUAGACAGUGAUAUGAAGAGAGAGAUGCUCGCUCAGUUGAAAGAUGACCAAGUAGCAGUCAAGGGAGCAAGAGUAAUCGAUGCAGUUGGCAGUCAAUUAAUCACUUUGCAAACAAAACAUCAUCAACUCGCCUCAAAUUACGAUCAACAAAUGAUGAAAACAAAUCAGUUGAUGGGUGCCAUAAAUGAAUCUAACAAAAGAAAGAGACAGCUAUACAUUGACUUGGUUACACAAAAUAGUUCUCUGGAUGAGAAAGAAAAGUGUCUGAUUGGAAGUUUCACCAACUUCUCCUCUUUCAUGGAAGAAAAAAUGGCUAGUUUUGGAGAAAUGAUAGAUGCUGAAAGGCAUAGUAAGGAGAAAAUCGAAGAGGUUCAGCGGCUAUGUCAAGAAUAUGAAACUCAAAUCGAUGAUGGGCGAUCACUGUGCAUGGAGGAUAUUGUUUGCUACAGACGUGGUAUAGCAGAAAAGCUGAAAUUGUUUACGAGCUCACAGGCUGACACGAUUUCUUCCUCUUCUCAGAUGAUUUCUUCCAUUGUAAGUGAUGGAAAUUCUGAUUUGUGUGAAUUGACUGCUGCAAACGAAGAGACAAAGUUGCUGGUCAAUUCAGUGGCUAACAAAUUGCACGAGUUUGAAGAAAAACUGACUGCAAUACAAAUGUUGGCGCAGAAAAGCGCCGAAGAGCUAGUUAAUAUGAUGAAAGAGCACAACAGCACUUUGAAAGAAAUGUCCAAACAAGAAAUCAAAGAUGGUUUUGACUCGUUCAGUUCAAGCUUGACGAAUUUCUUGAAAAAUAAACUACUUGUGACACCAGCUUCAGGUGACACCCCAAAGAGAGAAGAUAUACUGAAGAUCACAGAAGAGGCUGGAAUCGAAAUUGAUUAUGUUGACACAGUCCCAAGUACUAUUGGGUUGCGUCCGCAAAGUCAAAUACAAACUUUUAAGGAAAAGGAGAACGUAAAAGAGUCUAAAAUAGGAAAGGCUAAUACUGGAAUACCUCGAACGACGAGGAUUUUGGAAGAAAUUAACAACUAAUGAUCUCAUUUUUUAUUAGAAAAAUUGAAACUUGUGAGAUGAUCUUCAAAACUAAACUGUUUUUGCCAUUCGUAUUUUUUUAUCAAAAAGAUCAUUGUCAAAAUCCUAUUUAUAACCUUACUUUCAUAAUUUCAUAGAUAUCAACCUUCCUAAUAGGGAAUAUACUAUAAUUAUAAUUAGCAACACUGGAUAAAAUGAAAAAACUGAUUUCCUCUGAUAUACGAUAUAAUUAUAUUACAAUCCAUUCAUAUACGUACAAAUGCUUACUUCACAUUAUAUAUAACAUCUAUAAUACUAAUGAAUAUAUAUUUUCAAUCUCUAUAUUUUAAUGUAAUAUGAAUACAAAAUGAUAAUAUUUUUUCA